CAAAUAAGAAAUUUAUAAAUAAAAAAAAAAAGAAAAUCCUUGAAAUUAACAGGAUGGCUAAGAUGCAAGUGCAACAUCAAAAUGGAGCUGUUCCAGUUGUUGGUACAGGUGGAGGUGCAGGUGGAGGUGGUGGCGGUGGUGGAGGUGAUGAUGACGAUGAUGAUUUUACAGAUGAUGAAACAACACCACUUGCUGAUGAAUACGGUGGAAGUCAAAGAACAAUUAUGGAAACAAAAAGUUGGGAUGUAUUUCGUGAUCCACCAUUAAAAAUAGAUUCUGGUUCAAUGGCUGAUCAAAGAUGUCUUGAUAUAACAGUACAAAUAACAAAAUUAAUUGUUUAUUUAUUGGUAUUUGUUAUUGUAUUAUUUUGUGGUGUUAUUGCAAAAGGUACAUUAUUAUUUAUGACAUCACAGCUACGUUCAGAACGUGUUGUAUUUUAUUGUAAUAAACAACUUGGUCGUGAUAAACAAUUUAUUGUAACAUUACCAGAAGAAGAACGUAUUGCAUGGAUAUGGUGUAUAAUAAUAGCAUUUAUUGUGCCAGAAUUUGGCACAUUAUUUCGUAGUUUACGUAUGUGUAUAUUUAAAUCAUGGAAGAAACCAUUGUCAUCACAUUUUCUAUUAGUUGGUAUGAUGGAAACAUGUCAUGUUGUUGGUUUAUCAAUGUUGCUAUUUGCUGUUCUGCCAGAUAUUGAUGUUGUUAGAGGUGCAAUGUUGACAAAUUGUGUUUGUUUUGUACCUGGUUUACUUGGUUUAUUAUCAAGAAAUAAAAAUAAAGAUGAAUCAAGAAGAUUUGUCCUGAUACUUGUUGAUUUUGCUGCUCUAAUUGCACAAGCAAGUGGUUUUGUCAUAUGGCCAUUGAUUGAUGGUAAUAAAAAUAGUCUUUGGAUAAUACCAAUAUCAUUGUUUUUAGUGUCAUGUGGCUGGUGGGAAAAUUAUGUAUCAAUACAAAGUCCAAUUGGUAUUGUACGAUCACUUGGUAGAGUUAAAAAAGAUUUACGUUUAACAAGAUAUUUUACAUAUAUGUUUGUAUCAAUAUGGAAAGUAUUAAUAUUUUUCAUAUCAACAUUAAUUAUUUUACAUAUUAAAAAUGAAAAUAUUGGACAUUUAUUUACAAUGUUUAGUACAGCAUUUGGUGAACAUACAAUAACAGUUACAGCAAUACGUCAAGCAUCUGCUGGUAUUAUACCAGAUCUUGAAGAUAUAAUACGUACAAGUGAAACUGAAACAAUAAAUGCUGAUUUUAAUACACCAACAUAUGUACUUUUAUUUCAAAUAUUUGGUGCAUAUUUUGCAUAUAUAUUUGGUAAAUUUGCAUGUAAAAUAUUAAUACAAGGUUUUAGUUAUGCAUUUCCAGUUAGUUUAACAAUACCAGUAUUAAUAUCACUAUUAAUUGCUGCAUGUGGUUUGCGUAAUGGUGAUCCAUGUUUUUUCAAUGGUACAAUACCAGAUUAUUUAUUUUUUGAAUCACCACCAUUGUAUUUUUUAAAUGAUUUUGUAUCAAAACAAUAUGCAUGGGUAUGGUUAUUAUGGCUACUAUCACAAACAUGGAUAACAAUACAUAUAUGGACACCAAAAUGUGAAAGAUUAGCAUCAACUGAAAAAUUAUUUGUUGUACCAAUGUAUAAUUCAUUGUUGAUUGAUCAAUCACUGGGUUUAAAUCGUAAACGUGAUGAUCAGCCAGAAGUUAAAGUACAAGAUUUAGCUGAAAUUGAACGUGAAAAAGGUGAUGGUGAUUAUGAAACAAUAUAUGAACAAACAGAUGGUUCAACAACAACAACAACACCACCAUCAACAGUUAAAAGUAGUGAUCAUGUAACACGUAUUUAUGCAUGUGCAACAAUGUGGCAUGAAAAUAAAGAAGAAAUGGUUGAAUUUUUAAAAUCAAUAUUACGUCUUGAUGCUGAUCAAUGUGCACGUAGAAAUGCACAAAAUUUUUUAAAAGUUGUUGAUCCAGAUUAUUAUGAAUUUGAAACACAUAUAUUUUUUGAUGAUGCAUUUGAAUUAUCUGAUCAUGAUGAUAAUGAGGUACAAUGUAAUCGUUUUGUCAAGUUAUUAUUAGCAACACUUGAUGAAGCAGCAUCAGAUGUACAUUCAACAAUAAUGCAUGUUAGAGCACCUAAAAAAUAUCCAACACCAUAUGGUGGUAGAUUAACAUGGACAUUACCUGGUAAAACUAAAAUGAUUGCACAUUUAAAAGAUAAAAAUAGAAUAAGACAUCGUAAACGUUGGAGUCAAGUUAUGUAUAUGUAUUAUUUACUUGGUCAUCGAUUAAUGGAACUACCAAUAAGUGUUGAUAGAAAAGAAGUUAUUGCUGAAAAUACAUAUCUAUUAACACUUGAUGGUGAUAUUGAUUUUCAGCCAGAUGCUGUCAAAUUACUUGUUGAUUUAAUGAAAAAAAAUAAAAAUCUUGGUGCAGCAUGUGGUAGAAUACAUCCAGUUGGUUCUGGUUUAAUGGUAUGGUAUCAAAAAUUUGAAUAUGCCAUUGGACAUUGGUUACAAAAAUCAACAGAACAUAUGAUUGGUUGUGUGUUAUGUAGUCCUGGUUGUUUUUCGUUGUUUAGAGGUAAAGCACUUAUGGAUGAUAAUGUUAUGAAAAAAUAUACAACAAGAUCUGAGGAUGCACGUCAUUAUGUACAAUAUGAUCAGGGUGAAGAUAGAUGGCUAUGUACUCUACUUUUACAAAGAGGAUAUAGAGUUGAAUAUUCAGCAGCAAGUGAUGCAUAUACACAUGCACCAGAAGGUUUUAAUGAAUUUUAUAAUCAAAGAAGAAGAUGGGUACCAUCAACAAUGGCUAAUAUUAUGGAUUUAUUAAUGGACUCUAAAAGAACAAUUAAAAUUAAUGAUAAUAUAUCAUUGCCAUAUAUUGCAUAUCAAAUUUUAUUAAUGGGAGGUACUAUUCUUGGACCUGGUACAAUAUUUCUUAUGUUGGUUGGUGCCUUUGUUGCAGCAUUUAAAAUUGACAAUUGGACUAGUUUUUAUUACAAUAUUAUACCAAUUUUAUUAUUCAUGCUUAUUUGUUUUACAUGCAAAGCUGAAAUACAACUUCUAUGUGCUCAAAUAUUAUCAACGAUAUAUGCAAUGGUUAUGAUGGCGGUGAUAGUUGGUACAGCACUUCAAUUGGGUGAAGAUGGAAGUGGAUCACCCUCAGCAAUAUUUUUAAUGUGCAUGUCAUCAUCAUUUCUCAUUGCGGCAAUAUUUCAUCCACAAGAAUUUUCAUGUAUUCUACCAGCAUUAAUUUAUUUACUAUCAAUUCCAUCAAUGUAUUUACUUCUUAUAUUAUAUUCAAUUAUUAAUUUAAAUGUUGUAUCAUGGGGUACAAGAGAAGUUCAAGUUAAAAAAACAAAAAAAGAAUUGGAACAAGAAAAAAAAGAAGCUGAAGAAGCCAAGAAAAAAGCUAAACAAAAAUCAUUACUUGGUUUCCUUCAAAAUGGAGCUGGAUCAAAUGAUGAUGAUGAAGGUUCAAUUGAAAUUUCACUUGCUGGAUUAUUUAGAUGUAUGCUUUGUACACAUGGUAAACCAUCAAGUGAAAAACAACAACUUGUUGCUAUUGCUGAAUCAUUAGAAUUACUUGGUAAACGUCUACAAGAUAUUGAAAGAGCUGUUGAUCCACAUGGACAAGUUUCUGGUCGUCGACGUGCAUCAUCAGUAGGUUCAAGAGCUGAUCAUCUUGGUGCUAUUGGUGAAGAUCCAGAUGAAGAACACAAUGCUGAUAGUGAUGAUGAAUCUGAAUCACAAAGUCAAAUAAAUGAAACACAAAAUGACAAUAAUAAUAAUAAUUUUCCAUCACGUCCAUAUUGGCUAAGUGAUCCAGGCUUGAAAAAUGGUGAAGUUGAUAGUAUAUCAAUGCAAGAAGAAACAUUUUGGAAAGAGCUACUUGACAAGUAUCUUUAUCCAAUUGAUGAAGACAAAACAGAAAAGGCUCGUAUUGCUGCUGAUUUACUUGAAUUACGUAACAAGAGUGUAUUUGCAUUUUUAAUGUUUAAUGCUCUUUUUGUAUUGAUUGUUUUCUUGUUACAAUUGAACAAGGAUCAACUUCAUAUUGUCUGGAAAUUUGGUGGUGUCAAAACCAACAUAACAUUUGAUGAGGAAACACAAGAGGUACACAUAACAAAAGAAUAUCUUCAACUUGAACCAAUUGGUCUUGUUUUUGUAUUUUUCUUUGCAUUGAUUCUUGUCAUACAAUUUACUGCCAUGUUGUUUCAUCGUUUUGGUACAUUUGCACAUAUAUUAGCAAGUACACCAUUAAAUUGGUAUUGCACUAAAAAGUCAAAGGAUCUUUCUGAAGAGGCCUUGCUAUCAAAACAUGCAAUUGAAAUUGUAAGAGAUUUACAAAGACUUGAUGGAAUGGAGGGUGAUUAUGAUGAAGGCAGUGGAAGUGGUCCUGGUCGACGAAAAACAAUUAGAAAUUUAGAAAAAAGUAGAAAAAAAACACAAGCAAUAAAUACACUUGAUGUUGCAUUUCGUCAACGUUUUUUCAGUAUGGCUGAAGGAAAUGGUUUACCAAGAAAUAUGUCAAUGCGUCAAUCAACAAAAGCAUUUAAAGCAUUUGAGGGUAGAAGAAAUAGUAUUAUGGCAAUGAGAAAAAAAUCACAAAUGCAAACACUUGGAGCAAAUAAUAUUUAUGGUGUUGCUGGUAAUGCACUUGGUAUACAACCACGUCCAACACGUAGCAGUCAAAUAUCAGUUAAAGAUGUAUUUGCUGAUCCAAAUCCAAUAAUUCCUGGUCAUGUUAAUGGAGGAUAUGAGGCUGAUGACAGUCCAAGAAAUAGCUUGAGAUUACAACCAAUGGUUGGAGCCAAUUGGCGUGAUACUAAUUCCAAGAUGUAGUUUAUUUUAUUAUUUUUUUU